AUGUCCAGAACCAUCGCAACCAUGUCGGCCAUAUCGGACGCCGUAAAACCACCUCAAGUCUCGGAUGAGGAGGCCCCUACGCCCGCCAUAGACCAAGUAUUCUCCAUGCCAGAAUUAAUUGAAAAUAUUGUCGGACACCUUCCAGCGAACCAGAUCCUGGUCAACCAGCGAGUAUGCCACACCUGGAAGUACGCCAUCGCAAGCAAAGAUCUCCAAGAAAAACUCUACCUUCGCCCCUCAUCAACCGAGCUCGUAGAGUUCCGCAGCAGCUUCGACCUAGGCGACACCGACAUCGUCACCGUCAAUCUCAGCCUCGUCUCCACUCCUUUCGACAACUCCCUCGGCAAAUGGCAACAAGUCUCCUCGAAAAAGCCUCUCAUCCCGAAACCCAACCCUCUACUACACCGCUACCUCGUGCCUCUGAAAGCAGCGAAUAACACCACAGAAUACUCUUUCAUCCAUCGCGGCCUCAUCGCCGAACCGCUACAUUACCCGCAUCAUAUCAGUAUCGCUAUGUUGGGCGUUGGUAUCGGAGCAACAACUACCAAGCAUUUCGGACCAAGGACAAUCCCGGAAUGGAAGGCCAUGUGUAGGAAAGACGCUUCUUGGAGGAAGAUGUUUGUUAUGCAGCCGCCCUGCGAGACGCUGGAUUUCAAGUGCGAGCGGCUGCGAAAAGUUUUCCGGUUGGAGAAUCCGAAGGGGAUUACUAUGGGAUUUGUUGUGUGGUUUCUGAAGGUUCAUACUAGUGAAUGUGAGGAUUGUAUGAAGUCUUCGCCGCUGCCGCAGUGGAGGUUCAGGGGGAAUGAUUUUGGAGCGAUGGGGAAGGAGAUUGGGUUGUUGAGGGAGCGGUAG